AUGUUGCAGAUGAACGACUCGAUGGAGCCCGACGCCGCCGUCCUCCUGCCCACGGAGGGCAUCGGCCUGGGCUUCGGCCCCGCCGAGGCCCGCGGGGAACCGGGGCCCACAGCAGCCCCGGGGGCCGAGACCCUGAAACCCUUCAGCAUCAAAGACCCCACGUUACAGGCCCGAGUCAGGGACUACUUUGUCUUCAGGCCAGGAACCAUCGAGCAAGCCGUCACUGACAUUCAAUCCAUUGUUAUGCCAACAGAAGAUGGAGGAGUGCAAAGUGUGUGGUUGCUGACUGAGAUUGACCAUUGGAACAACGAGAAGGAGAGACUCGUGCUCAUCACCGAUCGUUCUUUGCUAGUCUGCAAGUACGACUUCAUCAGCCUCAUCUGUCAACAGGUUAUCCGGGUUUCUCUUAACGCAGUGGAUACCAUUUCCAUCGGCAAGUUUGAAUUCCCUCCCAAAUCUCUCAACAAGAGAGAGGGGGAUGGGAUACGUGUCCAGUGGGACAAGCGAGGCAUGCCAUCCUUUCUCAACCGCUGGAACCCAUGGUCCACCAACAUGCCCUAUGCUACCUUCACCGAACAUCCCAUGGCAAACGCAGAUGAAAAGAUUGCAUCCCUCUGCCAGUUGGAGAAUUUUAAAACCCAGUUAAUCCAAGCUGUGAAGAAAGCUCACAAAGAGACACCACUGCCGGGCCUGGCCAAUGGAGUGCUGAUCCUAGAGCGACCCCUUUUCAUCCAGACUUACAUUGGCUUAAUGUCGUUCUUCAACAAUGAAGCCAAACUUGGGUAUUCUAUGUCAAGGGGGAAAAUUGGAUUUUAAGCCAAAGAUGUUAAGCUUGCAACACCCAGUUUGGUAGAUCUUCCCUUAGCCUCUGGGGUAUUUUACUUUGCCUCUUGUGGCACCAAUUUCCAUAGUACGACCCCAAUCUUCAUUUGGGUAAAUGGAGCAUUUAGAUGCAUGUCGUCUUGGGGUAAAUGAUGCAAAUUCCUGUACAGUGUAUUUAUAAUACUUACCUAAGCUAGCAUGUUGCACAGUGGAAUUUAAACAGAAAUGGCAUUAGAAUCAUUGUGCACUGUACACCGACCGGGAGGGGGAAGUGGAGAAAGUGUUACAUCCCGGAAAGCGAUAAAAGCACCGUGUCCUUGUAUCAUAGUGGUGUUUGCAUCCUAACUUUUUUGUACACAUAUAUAUUCUCACUUGUAGCUUGAGUGAGAGUGCAAGUCAGGCUUCUUUUCAAAUUCAGUUGGAUUUGGGCCCAUAUUGGGGGAACAGCUUGAAUGCAGUCUUUCUACCUUUGGGUCCUAAGUUAAAUUGCAUAAUGGCCCAAGGGCUGGAGAGAUCGAAGUGGCGAGGAAGUGAACCGAAGUGAGACAGUUCACUCUAAUGCUUGCUCAGACUCAAAUGAUUUUUUUUCUGAUGGAAAGGAAUGGUGCAAUGUUGUAGAUUUCUAUCGCUUUACCUCUGGGUUUAAGAGGUGAAAAAUUCCCUGGCGGCCAUGUAUUCCCAAAGUAGGAUUUGUUUGAAUGUCUGUAAUGCUGAUAGUGGACCUGAAACCACAGCAGUCGUUUGCCAAGUUACAGUAGUUUUUUUUUAAAAAAAGGGGAGGUAAUAAAAGGAGAUAAGACUUCUGGAAUAAAUUGACAACAGCCUCCCCGAUGAUCUAAUUUCUGUGCCUUUUAGCUGUGUGCUACAAUUGCAUGCUGAUAUGGUGAUAAACUAUUAAACCGCUUAUUUGGCAUUGCAAUGUUCAAAACGUUAUUGUGCUGAAUGAAAAUUGCCUUUUUAAAAAAAAGUAAAGUGGAUGGAUAGGUAUGAAAAACAGUUCUGCGAAUGAUAUUAACCUGAUAACCACAACUGUGUGUGUGAGCUAUAGUGCCAUUGUGUAAUCAUUCUAGAGAAGUUUUGCUCCUGUACACAUUAUUCCAGUGGUUCCAGUGCCAGGCUAUGCUGAUUAAGUGGUUUUAACAGCCCUAAUCUAGAAAAUGACACAUCUGUCUGCCUGCUUUACUCUGCAUUAAAAAAAUACCAACACAAACAAAAUGACACCAGUACUUGAAACUUCAGAUAUGCCCACUCUUGGCCCGGAAAGGUUCGGUCUUACUAGGUUUGCGGGUAUCUUGUAUUGAGAAACAUCAACUGUGUGAGUUCUAAAGUCAUCAUCCUACUACUAGUAGGAUUUUAAAAUGUCUACAUUUGAAAACCUGUGCUGUGUCUGACAUCUAAUUGGCAGAAUCUUCCAAUACUGGCGAGACAAAUUACAUUUUUUAUUGAAUGCAAAUUUACAACAACAAAUUACAUUUGUAUAGCGCCUUUCAUAUCGUUAUAUGCUGCAUGGGGGUAGAAUUAGUUAUGAGUACUACCUUGAAUGGAAUUAAUCAGGAUGUAUAACAAACCUCUGGACCCUCCUGGUUGAAAUUACAGGGUACAUUAUUUUGCCACUUGAACUGUUGCUGGCAGUGGAUGCGCAUAAGGUCUUUGAGGCAAACCAUUCAUACAGCGAUUAAAACCACAGUAUUGAUGUCUCUAAAACAAGAAAUCAUCCUCAACUCACUGGCCAAAAGAAUUGCAAUACAGAUUUGAGGAUGAACCAAAUGCCAAUUAACAUGAAUGACCUGUACAAUUAUUAAAAUAUGUUACUUUCCAAUAUAGUACUCUUAGUGGCCAUUAGUUACCGUGUUACUAAGAUGGCUUAUACUAUCACAAUCCUGUCAGCAAUAAUCCAGAGCAGUAAUGGAAACAUUGAUGUUGGCAUCACCAUGAUCCUCUCAAUUGCUGCAUUCCUUUUGUUGAAGGCUCCACGUGAACAAUACAUUACAAAUUGUACAGCAUGAAUUCUGGGGAAAUCACAUUCACCAAUUGGUUCAAUAUCCCUUUGGACCAUCUCCCCAUUGAGCCAACCAUUCCAAUGGUCCACCCUCACUCACUUUGCAGGAAAAAUUGGCAAUGGCCAACCUCCAACCUGAAAACUCAAAACACGUGAAUUAAAACACAUUGAAAUUUCGUAAGAUCAAUGGGAAAAUAGUUCUCAAACCACAUUACUGUACAUAUUAGAUGCCAAAACCACGUUACAGGAUUCUAAAUAUGUAGUCAACUCAGUAGAGCUGUCUUUACUUAUUUGGAAUUAGAAUACACCUCAUUUAAAAAAAAAUCCUCGAAGGAGACUGCUUAGUCAUUAAUUUGAGAAAUGGUGCCUGAUUUCUCGGAACAUGCUUUUAAAUGUUGUGAUGUAUAUUGAACAUAAUCCAUUUUUUGUAAGCAAUUUCUGUAAAAAAAAAUUAUCAAUGCUAAUAAAAGAGCGCAAUUUUACUGUG